CGUUCGCACUACGUGACAUAUGAUUUAUUCGUUUAUUAGAGUUUGUUUUGAUAAGCAGAAAAAAAUCUGUUACGAAAUUUUUGGUAAAUAUCUUUUCGAGAUAAAAUUGAUCGGUGACAGAUUACAUUUUUAUAAGGAAAUCUUGUACCGUAAAGGAUAUUAUUUAUAGGUUUCUUCGUAAGCUUCUAUAAAAGUAUUUCUUGGUAAAUAUCCUUUAAAGGUAAAAUUGAUAGUUUAUAAGGAUCUUUAUAAGGAUGUUUCACGUGACAAACGAUUGUUUAGCUCUCUAUGGCAGGUCUAAGUUUACUAUAACCAGAUGAUGUUAAAAUUGAUAAGAUUAAAAUUAAGAUUAAGAUUACCAUUCUUCGAUAACGAGAUAAAAUUGAUCGAUGUCUAUGUUUAUUCUCAUAAGGAUGUUUCAUGUAAAAGAGAAUUUUUUUGAUUUAGAUUUCUUGGCAGAUUUAAAGUUGGUGUAACUAGCUGUUUUUAAUUGAUACACGAUAUUAGAGUUAUUAUUCCUGGAUAACGAGACAAAAUUAAUUCCUGAUAGUUCAUAUCUUCGUAAGGAUGUUUUAUGAUAAAGAAGAGUACUUUUCUCGAUAGAUCUAUUGAUAGGGUUGAAGUUGAACUAAGUAGAAAUUUUAGAAAAGUAUAUAUAUAUAUACAUAAUAUAUAUGUAGGUUGAAUUAGGUAAAAUUAGCGAGGUAAUGAUUGAAACAUUAGCAAUUAAAUCUAUAAAUAAAGUAGUCCAUAACUACUGUAAUACUAACUAUGAUAGUUUCCGAAAAAAUAAUAUCAUUUAGGGAAAUUAAUGAUUAGAAUGUUAAAAAGAUAAAUGUACGCCCAUUAACGAAAUUAAUCGCGGCAACAUCUUGAAGAGCAACAUAAACCAUUAGCAAAGAUUAAUCGCAAAAACUAAGGUAGUUUCUCUAACAAAAUUAAUGGAUACAAUGUUUUGGAAGCUAUCGCUGAUUAUUUAGUUAGAAUAGUUGGAAACACUAGAGGUAGAAUUCGAUGUGAAAUAUUUUCAGCGUUUUACCGAGCAAGAGGAUUCUAAGUGGACUCUAAGAGUAAUAGCAAAAAUAUCGUGUAUUUUAAAAAGUUUACUAAUCAUUUAGAAAAUAGAAAACAAAUAUUUUAAUUUUAUUUUCGUUAGCUUCUAAAGUGAAUCACGAACGAUUAAAUGACAUUGUAGAGACAAUAGACAUGAUUAAUUAAGAUGCAUACAGUUAGACAAUGAAAUUGUCUUACGUAUGAUAUUUAAUAAUUCAUAGCUUGAUCGUAUUUUGCUGGAUUGAGAAGAUACUAAUGAUAUUUUUGAUGAAUCGAUAGAUACAACACGAAUAGAAUAAUAAUAGGUACAGUGGCAUGAGAUAGUGUAUGAUAGGUUUGCAGCACGAAACCGAGUGUCACGUUAUGAAACAUUGAACAGAAUCUCCUUGAAAACAUCAUUCGAUUUGAAAGGCUAAUAUUGCACACUGUCUGAAUAGUAAACAGCAAUUGCACUCGUGACCCGUUUGGUUUUGCAGAAGUUCAAAACGCAGUGUAGAGAUAAAAAAAGCUGGAUUGGUUUGAUACGAACCUUUAAAAUGCAAAACCCUUUAACCUGCUGUUUGGGUGUUUAUUAAUGCAGCUUUUUAUAUUGAUACUAUUUGUUUAAGAAGGUUAUAGAAAGGCUAAGAAAGUGUUGGUACGAAGUAGAAAAUAUAAAAUAGCACCAAAUAGAAUUAAUACGUAUAUAUAUAAUCUCUGCAUGUAAACAAAAAUUUAAUAGAAAAUAAGAAGAUAUAGUUGUAAUAUAUACGAAAUAUAAAAUUAAGUACCGAUAUCUAAAAUAUAGAAUGAACUGUCUAUUUCGAGAGAUUCGAAGCAUCUACCGGAAGAAAAUAUAGAAAAUCGUUUCAUGAAAUAACAACGUAAUGUCUCUCCCAAAGACAGAAAAAUAAUAGUAAUAUAUAAAUUGAAUUAGAAAGAUUUCAAUCUGGAUGGAAUCUUCGAAUCUAAAUGGAACAGGAAGUGAAACAAAGAUUCGUAAAAUUUCGUAAGAUUGUCAAAUUUUAAGUAUACAUCAAAGAGAGUACAACAAUUUAUUUUAGAUAUAAAAUAAUAACACGAUAUAUCUUCGCACAAACGUAAAAUAUUUAAUAGGAUACAGGUUGUCGAAAUGCGAAAGGUCAUAAACUGAUAGAUCCAUUUCAAAAUGCAUCUAGAAAAUCCUUUUCCCAUAAAAAUGGAUAAAUUGUGGGAUACAGACAAGUCGAAAUUACGAAAUUAAAGAUCCAUUUCAAAAUCUAUCCAAUAAAGUUCUCAGUAUUAUUUUAUAAAUUAAUAACACGAUAUCUUCCCUUGGAACAAUACAAAGAUUAGUAGGAUAUAAGUUGAACUGUUUGAAAUUUUAACUUUAAAUUGCACAAAAAUUUACAUGUUUAAACAAAGAGGACUAUAGGAGAAGAAAUUACAUGCUCGUUUACAAUCAAAGAGACUUAGCGAGUAUCUAGAAUUUCAGUGUGACAAAUAAUAAGAUCAUUCGAUAAUUGUUAUUAUGAAUUUACCUAACGGUAGUACAAAGCGAUUAUUUGUCUAGGGGCGCUUUAGUUUCCUUGGCGGAAAUUAUCUUUGCUUGUGACCUCACUAUAAUGCGUUUAUAUCUAAUUGUUUUGCUCGUUGCACCUUCGUUGUGGAACUGUAUCUUGCACAUGGCAUUUAAAUUAAUACACCUUUCCAGAUGACUAUACGCGACUCAAGUAAAUAUUCGUUUUGAAAGUUUUAGAAUCGUUAAUAUUCAAAUAAAAUUCUUCGCUGCUUGUUACUCUUUCUCUUAUUGUUAAUUUAAACAUUAAAAAAUUUCGCCCUCUUCGUCCGAAAAUUUGGAAAAUCUCGACCCAUGGAAAAGAUUAUGUUUUACGCUAAUUUAAGUGUUUGGUGUUUGGAUAUUGAAAAGGAUUAUUAAAGUGGUUAAGGUUAAAAAGUGGGAUAAAAGAUAAUGAGAAAAGUGAUGAACCUGCACAAAGUACAAUAUAAAUUAAAUAUAUUUAGAGUUUAGCACCGCGGUAUUAAAAUUUUAAUGAAAAUACGAAAAGUAACAAAAAAAAAAGUACAUUGAAGAUAUUAAGAAGUAUGAUAAACAAAGACGUACCUUCUUGCGUUUAAUCGAAUAGUCGCAGAAAUGGAAUAUAAAUUAAUUUGUGGUAAAAAAGUGUACAUUGGAUUUAUUAAUUAAGGGCUUUUACUUGUGAAUAAUCGUUGCGCAAUUAAUUGAUAAUUAUUAUAAUCUAAAUGAACUUAUUUACGUAAAAUUAGUAUAAUACUUAAAAGAAGAAAGUUAAAGUAAGAAUAAAUUAUAAAACUAAAUUGUUUCGUUUAAAUGAAGAAAAAUUAAGAAUUACAACUUUUAAAAACAAGUUAUAUGUGUCUUAAAAUAUUUGAAAAAUAUCCUAUCGUACUUAAUAAUAGUAGCCAUCAGAAAUCGAGAAUACAACGAUGGUUAGCACUCCAAGAUUAAUACAAGCAAACAACUAUGAAGAUUAACAAUGGAGAUACGAGAAUAUUAAUGAAAAAUUUAAAUGUUCGAUAUAUUUUAAAAAUUCAAUAAAAGUAAUAAACGAAAUAAAAAUAAUUUCUCGUUAUUAACCUCUGUAUUUGCUGUGUUUCCACGUUUAAAACUAAAUUUAUUAAUCUCAAUUUCAUUUUCUCCUAAAUACAAAAACCUAACUGCGUGUUUAUUUAUAAACAUUAUCUUUUAUUUUUACUUAAAAAACGAUUUUAAUAAGAUAAAAGUGUAAUUUAAAAACCAGCGAAAACAAAUUCGAGAGGCGAAAUUGAGGAAAUGUUCGAAAGAUAAAGAUUAAUCUGCAGAAAGGAAUUACUAUUACAAAAUGUUCUAUAAGUUAACGACGACGACGACAACGACGAUAACGACGACGACGUUGUUUAGAAUUUACAAAGAGGAGCAGGCCAGUCCAUUUUUGAUCUUCGUAAUUAAGAAAAAAAAGGACAAACUGGAAAUGUAAUUAGUCAUAUCCGCAUUAAAGUGAAUCAUAACAAGAUUGAGGAAUAUAUCGUAAUAAUGCUAAUGAUGGACAUGUAAUUAGUUAAAUACAUAAUGCUUACCAAUGGCAAUGAAUGUUUGCUCUUCCAAUACUAACCGUAAGUUCUAUUAAAUGUAUUACCUUUCUUUUUAUUUUUUUUUAUACGUGGGACAAUCCUGACGGACACCUCGCCGCUUUUCUGCGAAGCGGCAGGCUAGUGUCGGACUUACCGAUUACAACCGCCGGAUGUCCUACCUAACGCCCAACAGGAGUGUUCCGGGACCAAAUUCAAAUUGCUGCCGGAACACUCCUGCGUCUUCUCCCAUUCUGAGGGAGCCAUUCGUCAGGUCAAAUUUGAGCAUUGAACAUCUCUCAAUGUUAUCCCCUGGGUCGUCGUGUAAGUCCGAUGUACAGGACCCAGGAACAGACGAUUCCCUCAUAUAAUCAGCGCGCUUCGACCCUGGUCCCACUGAUAGUCAGCAGCAAGCUACAUAAGGCGUUGGCUGCUGCCGUCACUUUGGGGACCAAGUGCAUGAAGUGCGGCCUGAACGUCCAUUGACUGUCGAUGGUGAGGCCCAGAUAUUUCAUCCGAAGCCCCACCUCGACAUUCUGCCCAUUUAUAUCCAAACACAGGCCGGGCGGAGGAGCCUCCCUACGCCGCCAGUCGUAAAGCCAAAUAGCCUGCGACUUGGCUGGGGACAUCCUGAGGCCCAGCCUGAAUUAAAUGUAUUACCUGUCUAUCGUUUACUUAUCUAUCUUUCUAUUAUCUCUUGUUAAAACUUACCAUGUGUUAGCCAAAUUCAUUAUAUGUAACCGAUACUUGAUAGAGGUAUGCAUUACUAAUUCUAACUUCGCAGGAUAUCUUAACAAUAAUUAAAUUCUAAGAGAUAAUUCUAAGAGUAACUACUCCUAUGUUGGAUGCAGUUAAUGCGGUCAUUGCAGUAAGAAUAACAUAACAUAACAUAAGAGUAAAUUAACGGUAAAAAAUAUGAGUAACUCUGGCUGAAGAGAUUAAGUAAUAAAACGGUAAAAUAGAACCGAUAGAUUGAUGUUAUAAAUUUCUUCAAAUAAAUUAAAUAAAAAAAAAAAAAGAAAAAAAUAGAGAGAAGAAAAGAAACAUAAGAUAAUAUACGAAAGUCUAUAAGUGUCAGUCUGUAUACUCUUAUCUAUGUUGAAACAAAGUAGAAAAUAAUUUAAUUUAAUUUAACUCAACCAUAAAGUAAUUGAAGGUAUGUAUACGCUAAAACGUUCUGUAUCACAUAGCACAUAGUUCAACUGUAAUCGUUAAUUAAAAGAUGAAAUGCACGAAUGGCGUAAUAAUGGGAAUCAUUAUUUUGCUCCAUUCCCUUAGAAUCUUUUAAUGUUCCAGGAACAAUUCAAAUUUUUCCAGCGACAUGAAGUUGCGAACGAAGAACAAAAGCUAUUAGUCAGAUGUUCGAUAUAUUUCGGAAACUGCAGUUUCUUUUCUUAAUGAACCUUCAACGAGAAAUAUUUAUAAUCCAACUCUUUUUUUUUUAAUUAUUCAGUGAUAUGUCCGGGCAUUUUGUCGGUCAGUAAGUUACGUACAAUGAUAAAUUAAGAAGUGAUUGACGAUCGUGUAUCUUGACAUUAUGCAAAAUAGCAGAGAGGUGAGAAGAAUCAAUCAUGGGCAUUUUGCUUGGUUAUACAAGGUUCGUUAACUCACUUGAGUCAGUUGUAAUUUGUUACCAUCGUUGGUCUAAAUCUUAAAUUAAAAUCAUAAUUACAACUUCAACGAUAUUAUUUAAUUAUAAGCAAAUAUACAAAAGAUUAGAAAAAUGGGAAUACAAAUAUAUAGAAAAAAGUAAAGCAAAAUUUCAACUGGCCUAAUGUAAGAAGAUUAUUUAACACUUUUAUAGACUUUAGAAUUUUAAUAAAACUUAUUCUUCAGAAACGCUAAUAAUUUGAUCAUCCAAGGAUAAUAAUUUAAUUUAACGCCCCUGUAAAAGAAAAUUAUAUUUCACACGGUACAAACAGAAUUUUUUAACAAGGUCCUAUGUCAAGAAAAGUGCGUUAAGCCAUUACCCGCCGUACAAGCAUAUUUACCAGAGGGUUGUCUACGAUUCUGCGUGGAUCGCGUGGCUCUGAAAGAUUGGUCCCCGAUACUGAAAAGCAUCGCCGAGAGUCGAAAUCUGUCGAAAAUCAAUAUCUAUAGUCGAAGUCGUUGCAAACGAGUACGUGAGAAAGUGAAUACGGAGGAGAAGCUUGAGAAAUUAUGGUAUCUACCGUAUAAUUUUGAACGUCAUGUCAGACAAAUUUAACCGAACUUUGUAAGAAAUGUGGCAGUAAGAAACUGGCAGUCACGAAUCAUACUUAAACAAAGUAAAAGUGGUAUUACGUAAAGACACAUUGCCACUACGAAAAGAUAUGAAAUUAUCGUGUGGAAAAUUAUGAAUAGUCCUAGAGGCUCGAAUAUUUCGAAAUUUAAUUAAGGUACUUUAUCUAAAUAUUUUGCAAUCAAAUAUUCUAUGACAAUUAAAUUUAUAGAAAUGUUCGAUUUCGUUGUAUCCCCAAGCUUAAAUAUCCCAAGGUACUUCAUCUAUAUAUCUUGUAAUCAAACAUUUUAUGAGAAUUAAAUUUAGAGAAAUGUUUGAUUUUGUCGCAUCCCCAAGCUUAAACUUCCUAAGCUUUGCUUUAACACUACAGUGUCAUCUUUCUAUGUAGCACAAAUGCUCUGAAAUUUUCUUGUUCCUCCUGUCCCAAAAUUCAAUUACUAAAACAAUAAAUUUUCAAGUGUUGAAUUCUUCAAUUUCUAUAUUAUCAAAACGUCGAGCAUAAGUGUUCUGAAACUUUUCAAUUCCAAUUCAUCUUACCUCGGAAAUGAUUAAUAAAAUAACUAAAACAUUCCAAUUCAGAAAUUCUUCAAUUUUUAUACUACCAUAAUAAAAAUCGAGCAUAAAUAAGAGUUUUCAAAUUAUUCAAUCGCAAACCUUUUCAUCUGCAGACUAGUUAUUCUUCAUCUUAUCUCAGAAAUGAUUAAUAAAAUAACUGAAACAUUCCAAUUCAGAAAUUCUUCAAUUUCCACAUUGUUAGAUCCUUAAGCACACCAAAAAAUCAAAUUAUAUUGCUAUAGAAAUAGAAACAGGAUCUACGUUGAAUUUUUUCUAUGGCUAAGAUUGAAAUUUUUACGCUCGAAGGGUGAAUAUUUAAUGCGCAAUUAGCACUAAAUUAUUUUCGAGAGAUAUACUUUCCUUGCGGAUACUACUCUCAGAAAGUUUAAGCUUGCAGGUCUGCAUCUCCUGGACUGAAUGGAAAGAGAGAAAAGAGAGAUUUAAAUGGAAAGGGAACGAUCUAAAGGAAUGUGGAACCAGAGGAGGGACAAAACGAAGGCCGGAGAAAGACAGGAGGAGAGGGAUAAACGAAGGAAAAGGCCAGAAUCUCUCAAUAUGAAUAACAUAGAGAAAGUUAGAAUAUAAGCAAAAAAGAAAGACGUUGAUACCCUAGACUGGCAUUUGAUGACACGUCCAGGCGAUGCAAGGGAAAGAAUCAAGCAAGGCCAGUCAUCUACACUAACUUCCUGUUGCGCUGUCUCGUCGACUCCAUCGCUGUUUGCGCGAGGGAUUCUUCCGCCAUCACCUCCAUCACUCUCGAUGGGAUUCCGUUAUCUCUGAAGUACCUCAACAUCCUCUGUUGCGGUUUGAAGAACAACGAGAAGCUAAUUAAUCUAUCUCUGACGAGGUGUCAUAUAGGAGACGUCGGUUGUGAUUUGUUGUUGGGCUGUUUGAGGAACAAUCCAAAAUUGUGUGCAUUAAAUUUAUCGUCCUGCCGGCUGUCGAACAGAAGUGCCAUGUGUCUGUCGCUGUUCUUGAAGAGAAGGAAGGCUGAUCUGUUGCAGAAUGUUUGGGAACAGUCCUCUGUACAAUCUCCGGAAGAAAAUUCUGACAAGAAGCCCCAGGGAUUGCACACGUUGAUUCUGAACCAAAAUCCAAAAAUCGGGGACACUGGCGCGAGGCAGUUAGUUUAUGCGUUAAAAAGCGACGUCUGGCUGAGAUCGCUGAGUCUGAGACAUUGUGGGAUCAGUAAACACGGAGCAGAGACGAUGAUUUGUCUCUUACAAACCAACAGUAGAAUUACGAAGCUAGAUCUCACUGAAAAUCGCAUACCUAUUAACACCUUGCAAAUGAUAUUGAGGAUAUUGAAGAGAAGGCGAGAGAUGACCGAAAGUAUAACGUCGAAGAAAAGAUUUCGUAUAGAUAUGAGACGAGACCUGAUAAAGAAUAAAAUUCACGAGCUUAUAAAACAACGUAGAAGAAGUUUACGAAAUAGAACAGAGAGGCUUAACAAAUAUUCAACGCAGAAACAUCAUUGGAAGAAGACCCAUAAGUUCGGGAUAAAAUUGAAACAGUCGAAGGAAACAGAAGUUCCGAAAGAGGAUCGAAGUCGAAGCAAGAAACUUGGAGAUUUGGAAUCGCAGUUAUGGAGUCUAGUCGAGUUGAAUUUCAAAUUGAGGGAGGAACUAUCGAGCAAUAAAGCGUUGCUGGACACAGAAGCGCAACAAAGAUCAAAAAUGGAGGAUGAGUUGCAAAAAGUGUCGCUUCGGUUAAACGACCUUAAAAGCAAAGUCGUUAUGCUAGAUUGUGUUUCAUCGAAUGCUUGUAACGAAAGUCGUUUAUUGAAGUGGCUGAAGUACAUUUUUGACAAAUUGGAAUCAUUUUCGACAGCCAGGCAAAAGGAUAUAAACGAGGAAAUUCUUUUGAAUCCUGCGGAGCCAUUAUGGUCAUCGCCAUUGACACAACAAAUGGAGAAUAGUUUCGUGAAUUGCUUGCAACAGACUAACGUAGCUUUGUUCCCCGUUGAAAAUAUCACGAUGCGAAUUUCAGACGAUAAUUUUUGAAGAUAUAUAUAAGUAACAUACAAAUUACUUUUAUGAGGUCUAUUUUAAUAAAAGAAGCGUUUUAUAUCAUUUUGAAUUGUAUUUUUACGUUGGUAUUAUAAGAAUAAAUGUUUGGUAAAGAGAA